AUGGUCGCGUCAAGAAGAAAAAGAAAAAUUAACGUGGAAUGCAAGGUACUUACAGCACUCUCAUUCUACGCUACAGUUUCUUAUCAAAAGCCUGUGGGCAUGAGCUAUUUGCAUGGGCUUUGUCAAGCUAGUGUAUCAAAUGCUGUUAAAGAAGUGACAAUGGCUUUAAACAAAUAUAAUAUUCUAAAAAAAUACAUACAUUUCCCUGGAACACGACCAGAAAGACAGGCUAUUAUAAAUGGAUUUUCAAAUAAAUAUGGUUUUCCUGGUUGCGACCUCAUGAGCUAUGCAGGCCCACAGAACAUGAGGAAAGAUUUUUUAAUAGAAAACAUUACCAUUCCAGGAAUGUUCAAAUAUGAUUUAAAUAUAAUAAAUAUAGAUGCUUCUUUUGGUGGUGCUACACAUGAUGUUCAUAUUUGGAAAAACUCUCAAAUAUCACAGCAUCUGCAAGAGCUUCAUAAUAGAGGAGAGGCUGUCUGGUUACUUGGUGAUUCUGGAUAUCCAUUAAGACCUUGGCUUUUAACUCCAAUUGUAAAUGCUGAACCUGGUAGUGCAUAUGAGCAUUACACUAAUAUGCACUGUCUCACAAGAAACACUGUGGAACGGUGCAUAGGAGUCUUAAAAGCACGUUGGAGAUGUUUACUGGCACACAGGGUACUGCAUUAUAACCAUCACAAAAAAAUCUUCUUGCACAACAUCUGCAACAGACAUCGACUGCCUGUACCUCAAUUGCCAAGCUCUGACAUACUGGAAGACCAGAAUAAUCAAAUUCCUCAGCAACCACUGCAGGGUGUCGGGGUUGGUGCACAACAACAGCUCUUAGCUAGUGGUCGGCAACAAAGAGAUUUUAUUGUGCAACGAUUAUGGUCUGCUCCUAGGCCAUAA